UUCUAUAUGCUUUGUGGCCACACCUCCUACCGAAUGCUCGCAAUCAAUAUGCCCAGUUUGCUCUCACUUGCAAUUGUUUCAGACUAUAAAUACGAAAAGAUCUUGGAGCGGCGAGAAUAUUCUUUCCGCUCGCCUUAACAGUCCGACAACAACUGAAUACAAUUAUAAGUUCUUGCUCGGGAGAGAGAAACAUUCAGUAUACAACGAUACGUUCAACAACCAGCAACGACGGUCGAAAACAAAAAACGACCGACUCGAACCUAAGGAUAUGAACCGAACGACGCAGACUAAACUCUGCCAUGCACUCUCAGUGCUGCUGCUGACGCUCCUCCUGCUCUGCGUGGAUCGCACAGCGAGUCGCCCCUCGACCGACAACGAGCCCGACAGCUCAACCUUGCCGCCUGGCGUUGACAAUAUUGAGAUCCAUCAUGUGGAGGUCGUGGAUGGCAUUCACCGCGAGGAUCAUCCGGUGAUCAUGUACAAGGAGGACUUUGUCAACGAGGAUUACGAUCCGACCAAAAAUGAGACCAAGUCCAUCUACCCCAAGCUGUACAAGCGCACACAGCGCACAAGACAUCAUCAUAGUCGAGCCACUGCGCAGCCAGCGCUGGAGGAGGAGAAGAUUAUCUUCGAUGUGCUGCCCGAGACGCCGCUGAUAUUGAGCGACGACGACGAUAAGAGCAAGCAGCGCACAGAGGAGCCGACGAAGGAGGCCUCACAACACAAGUAUCCCAAGAAGUAUCACAGUCGUCAUCGUCGCCACGCCUACAACCAGAAUGUGCGCCACUUGUAUAGAAACGACCUCUAUGCGGCACAGCCAGAGCCCGUCUACUAUCACUCAGUGCCCGCACGACACUAUCUGCCCAUUCAGCCAGUGCAAUACUAUCACUAUCCAACGAUUGGCAAGCCGCCAAAGUACCAGGGAAAACUCCCCUUCUGGCGGACUGAAGCGCCGCCCAAGAAUCCCGAAAGUAUCGGCACUCGUUUGGAUACCGAUGAUGAGAACAGCCUCUUCCACAACUCCAAUCCGGCUGACGCAGACUUCUCUGUGUUCGAUCAGCCGCCGCCGAGCAACACGAUUGCGAACCAAAACACCAACAACAACUUCUGGCCCGUGCAAGAGGUAGAGCAGCCACCAAUUUGGAGUCCAAGUGAAGCUCGCCGACCAGCAUGGAUACCAACAACGCAACCGCCACCGUGGGCACGCCCAACCAGGCAGCCAACCGCGACCAGCGCACCACCGCGACCCACCACAGCCAAGGUGUCCAAGUGUGUCUGGGCCAUUGUCAAUUGCUGUUCGCAGGGCAGCACCAAGAUUCGUUACAAUUGCUUUGAGGAGUUCGGUUGCCAUGGCGCCUUCUGGGGCGUGAAUCCAUGUGCCGAAAACAUUCGCACCAACGCGAUAGCCAGUCUAGCGUGAUCGAUCGAUCGCUGGGCCGAUUGACCGAUAUGUCGAUGUAGAGCGAGGCAAUCAGCGAGAGUCGCUCGACUGCCGGAAAGUAUUUCAAAUAUUUAUAGCUAUACAGGAAAACAAUUUAAUUUAUUCUAAGCAUUCAUUUU